GUGCGUUUGGUGGUGACAGGAGAAGGGUGGACUGAGAACACGUGUGGUGUAAUAGAGACAUUUCGAUACUUUGAUCAGAUCCACGACAAUUGCUCAUCCAUGACGCUUGGCUCUGCGGGAUCCAGUGUCGUGGUUCCGAGGAACUUCAGAUUGCUGGAGGAACUUGAAAAGGGAGAAAAAGGAAUUGGAGAUGGCACAGUUAGCUAUGGAAUGGACGAUGGUGAUGAUAUUUACAUGCGCUCUUGGACUGGCACCAUUAUUGGCCCCUAUAAUACUGUACACGAAGGAAGAAUUUAUCAAUUGAAGUUGUUUUGUGAUAAAGAUUACCCAGAAAAGCCUCCAACUGUUCGGUUUCAUUCACGGAUCAAUAUGACUUGUGUUAAUCAUGAAACUGGAGUGGUUGAAUCAAAGAAAUUUGGUCUUCUUGCAAAUUGGCAUCGAAGGUUUACCAUGGAAGAUAUAUUGACCCAACUGAAGAAGGAAAUGGCGGCUUCACAUAACCGCAAGCUUAUCCAGCCUCCUGAAGGUACUUGCUAUUAGUGUCCAAGAUCAUACCGGUAUUAGGUCAUAUUGCACUUGCAGUGUGCAAUAUAUAGUAUCUAAUACUCUGGAUCCUUCUAUGUUCAACAACAUACAGGGAAUGUCCAAAUGAGCUUAAUCUUUACCUCCGUAGCUUGAGUUGUUUUUGUUGCCUUACAUUCAUACAUUAUUGACUAUGUUGAACUCUCUUAUUGAUGCUAAAAAUUGAAAGCAACUCUUUAAGUAGUAUUUUCUAAUUA